AUGGAAACUUAUUCAAAUUUUGACGCUUCAGGUUUAAACUCCAAUUCUAAUGAAGUUGAUCUUAAUUUUCAAGUUUAUUUUUUACCUAUAAGUGAAUCUCAUUCCCAACAAAGACAAACAACAAACAGCAAUAGAAAUAAUGGUUCCGCCACAAGUUCAUUAGUGUCAACGAAUUUAACUUCACAAAAUUCUCACUUGAUGGCCACAGUUUCUUCUUCUUAUUCAUUAUCAAAUAAUAUGUUACCUACUCCCGAAGGUUGUGAUAAUAAUGCUGUAUGUCCCGAGUCUUUAAUAAUGUCUCCAUAUAAUAUGUUACCUAACUCUGGUCAUUUGACUAUGGAAGAUACCUUUCAAGAUGAUGAGUUCUACUUCGAACCAUUAGAAUCACCAGCUUUAGCUGAAUCUUCUGGUGUGCCAUUCUUACACAAUUAUAUUCCUGCUGGCCUUCUAUCCCCUCAAAUCUCACCUACUUUACCUCCAGAUUCAUCCAUGAAUAUCACUUCCAAUUCUCCGGCUAGACGUCAGAGUCACAAAGCAAGAUAUUCUCCUAUAAAGAAUAAUGCGAUCACAAGUUUCAUGACAGGUUCGCCAAAUAAGUUUUCUAGUAAUAACUCGAUUACAAUGUCCUCAUUGUUAGAGUUAACAUCACCUUUGUUGAAUAACAUGGUUGAAACUUCAAUAGCAUCUUCUAUGCAAGAUACUAUGCCGAAUUUGAACCUAGGAAGUAAUUUGGUGUCAGAUGUUAUGAAUACACACUCAUCAACAAAUAUCCUUUCAAAUGAAUCGUCGUCAUCUUCAUUUUCAGUUAAGAUAGCUCCGAUAACACCAUCCUCAUUAAUGAAAUUGAAGAAUAAACAACCAAAUUCACCAAAAUCGAGUCAGAUCGAUCUAAAACCUAAUUCACAAAAACAAUUACCAAAAGACCAGCAAAAGAAACAAGAACAAUCUCAAAAGUUACAGUCUCUUUCAAAAGAUCAAUCUACUUUCAUUGCACCGACUCCUCCAACUCAAUUGAAUCAAAUUCGUACAAAUAUGAUCGCAACUACGGGAACAGGAAUGUCUCCAAUAACAACGUCACCGAUUCUAUCAGCCUCUACAUCCGGAGCAUCUGGUAGAAAACCAAUGCGUUCAAAUCCAAAUGCAUCAUCCCCAUUGGCGCUUGGACCUUCAGUUCAUUUAAAGAGUCCUCAUACAUUGAAGCCAACUAUAAGUCCAAACCUUAAACCCAAGUUACCAGGUGUACUAGCAGAUGAAGUUGCUGAAAAAUUAGCAAAUAAAUCAAAUUAUAGAAGCAUUCUAGAAGGAACGGCGCAUUUAGAAUCUCGACGCACAACUCAUAAAGCGGCUGAACAAAAGCGUAGAGAUUCAUUGAAACAGAGUUUUGAUGAAUUGAAAAAAGUUGUACCUUAUCAUUCAAUCGGAAAGCCUGGUAAUGGAAAGCCUGGUGAUGGAAAGUCUGGUGAUGGAAAGUCUGACGGAAAGUCUGGCGAUGGGUCUAUUAAAAAUGUCAGCAAAUUAUUCUUACUAAAGAGAGAAAAGGAUGAAAUUAUUCGAAAGUUGAUAGAUGAACUAGAUGAACUUAAAGGAGUGAAAAGGCAGAAAAUAGAAGAAACAAAGAAAAAAAAUAUUGCUGAUGUUGGAGAUGAUAAGCAGCAAACCAUUACAUGA